GGACUCUAUUGUCCUGUACAUUAAUAUAUACUGUUGUAGUCGAGAGCAAACUACUUUUACAGUCUCAGAUUCUGCAUUUGAACCGAAACAAGAUUCCAAUUGCCUCCUGGAUCCCAGUUCCAUUCUUUUCCUUCCAUUCCGUAUCUCCUUUUGCUCCUACUAAGAGUCUGCUACCGGUGGUGUUUGCCACGGACUCUCUCCAACAAUGGUGGCCGAAAUCAUCACGACCAUUUCCCCGGUGACCAACAAGCCCAUUCUAACACGGCAUGGUCUACCGCCAAACGAGAUUCUGGACCUAGGAAAGACAGCCCAACAAGCAUUCAAAUCAUACAACGAAACACACCCAACCCUCGAAAGCCGCCAAAAGAUCAUCACUCGAGCACUCGAGAUCCUUUCCUCACGACAAGAUGAACUGGCACGCGAACUCACAGAACAAAUGGGCCGACCUAUCACCUACACAGGCAAAGAAAUCACAACCGCGAUCAAGCGGGCCGAAUACCUAAACAAGAUCGCGCCAGAGGUGCUAGGCAAAGAAAUACCAGGGGAACCAGAGACCGGAUUCAAACGAUACCUGCGCAAAGAGCCGGUCGGAGUGGUUCUCGUCAUAUUCGCCUGGAACUACCCGUACCUGAUCCUAGUGAACAGUCUGAUUCCAGCCCUACUAGCAGGAAACGCGGUCAUCCUCAAACCGUCACCGCAGACACCCACCAUCGUCGAACACAUUGCGGACAUCUUCGCCGCCGCAGGCCUACCGUCCAAUGUGAUCCAGUACCUCCACUGUGGGAACCCGACGGAUUUGAGGCCUUUGAUUCUGUCGCCUGACAUCAACCACAUCUGCUUCACGGGGUCAGUGGCCGGUGGUCUUGCGAUUCAACAGAUCGCUAGUUCGCGGGUUUCGUGUUCCGUCGGGUUGGAACUAGGAGGGAAAGAUCCCGCGUAUGUGCGUGGAGAUGUUGACCCGGCAUGGGCGGCCGAGGAGAUUGUCGAUGGCGCAAUCUUCAAUUCAGGCCAGUCGUGCUGUGCGAUUGAAAGAGUCUAUGUCGACGCUGCUGUCCAUGAUGCCUUUGUGGCUGAGGUCAAGAAAGUUUUAGCAAACUACAAGCUAGGUGACCCGAUGGACAAAUCUACUCAGAUUGGACCUGUUGUCUCGAAACGCUCCAAAGAGGCGAUUUUGCAACAGAUUGCAGAUGCGAAAGCAAAGGGUGCCGUCGACGCGACUCCGCAGAAUGCGUCGUUUGAGAAAGCAAGUUCGCUGGAGGGGAAUUUCGUCGCUCCUGUCCUGUUGACAAAUGUCGACCAUUCAAUGUCCGUCAUGCAAGAUGAGACUUUUGGCCCGGUUAUUCCAGUCAUGAAAGUCAAAGAAGGGGGCGAUGAUGAAGCUGUCGCCCUGAUGAAUGAUUCUCAGUUCGGGUUGACUGCUUCCAUUUGGACAAAGGAUGUGGAGCGUGGAGAACAGCUCGCUCGUCGCGUUGAGGCCGGUACGGUUUUUGUCAAUCGCGCUGACUAUCCUAGUCCCGAUCUCGCUUGGACCGGUUGGAAGGAUUCCGGAAAGGGUGUCACACUGAGUCGAUUUGGGUUUGACCAGUUCGUCAAGUUGAAGAGUUUCCAUAUUAAGGAUUAUCCUAGGUAAAGUGAUUGAUGAUUCCUACGGAGCUUAGCGAAGUAGGCAAGAAUUACAAAAAAUGAAAAUGAAAAUAAAAACGAAAACGACAAUGAACACAG